UUUUCCUUUUUCCGUGUGUCAUACAAAAUUUCAUCUUAAUUCACGCUUCCUCGAAAUCCAAACAUAUUUCUCCACCCAUGAAAUCACAUAGCCUGUUAUCUCAUUGAAACUAUAACAAAUAGCGAUGUCGCUUAAACACAGAUGUUGAUUCACUGACAUAUCAUCAUCUCCUACACUAAACUAAUAAAACCGUUUUGAAUUACCACGCGGUGUUGGUCCCAAAAUAAACCUAGUGAACCAUCUUCAUAGGGUCGACCUGCCGCUGGAUUCCAGCUCAUGGUAUUUCGCGAACUGAUGUCAUCGGAUUACUUAGUUAAAAGUUUAAUUUUUUUUAAUUCGAAAAAAUUCAGUUUUGUUGCGUAUAUUUUAAGAAAAAAUAUAAAAUUCUUUACUAAAGUGUCCAUUGAAUAAAUAAUAUGAUAACAUUUUUGAGUGUCUGUUCCUACGUUACUAUUAUUUAAAAGUGGCGGCAACUAUAUCUAUGCGGUAGUAGUGUUAAUGUUUGAAAACAUUUGGUGAAAGUUUUUUUUAUAAACCCUCUACUCUAAAUAAUAAACAUGGAUAACCAGAAGUAUUCCAAAUAUAAAAGACGCACAGAUAGAGAGGAAAUUAGAAGAAGGCUUGCCAUGGGUUCUGAAGAUGACUACUAUUCAGAUAGACCUGGUAGAAAACCUAGUUUGCAAUCUAGAUUACAAAGUGGGAUGAACCUGCAAAUCUGCUUCAUGAACGAAUCGCUCUCGGACACCGACAGUCCCAGUUCAGACUCCGAGUGUCCCAUGACGAACCCCAAACAUCACAAGUCCAACAAUAACUCUUUAAAAUCUCCGACUAAAAUUGAAAACGGUCCUGUAGUGCCACCUACUAGACCAGCGACGUUAUCACUGGGUCAACAACCCUCGCAGAUAAUGAGGGAACCCUUAAACGAGAUGGACUUUUUUGCAAGACAGGCGAGAUUGCAGACCGAAGCUAGAAUGGCUUUGGCGCAAGCCAAAGAGAUGGCUCGAAUGCAAAUGGAGAUCGAAAAACAGAGACUGAAGAAAAGUCCUAUUACCGAAAUGAUUCGCACUUCCAUGGAAAAGGUUGGAAUACCCUUCCCAGAAGAUAAACGACGACUCUCGCGUCAAAUUUUGACAGACAUGAAUGUUGCACAACUACAAGUAAUCGUCAAUGAUUUGCAUACGCAAAUUGAGGGAUUGAACGAAAGUCUCGUCAAAUUUUUAAUGGCCAGAGACGAUCUACAUAUGGAGCAAGAUUCUAUGUUGGUUGAUAUUGAGGAUCUCACUAGAUAUUUAGGCGCUAAAGAACAAGUACUCAAAGAUCAAAAUCUUGCUCCGACUAGAAAUAAUAACACACCCCCAUCGCCUGCCCCUCCAUCACCACUACAAGCUUUAAACAGCACAGUAAAGCCACACCUGCACAGGAUAGCGAGUCUCGUGAAGAAAUAACCCUCUUAGAUGCUUUUAAAUCCUUCCAAAUGUGUAUAUACCUUCACAGGAGUUUCUGAAGCAAAACAAAAACGAGUGAGAUUAGUAAUUUUGGAAACGGAGGUUGUAAUUUUAGUAUUGAGUCAGGUUUAUAUCUGGGUGAAAUUGAUUAUUUGUGUCAGGAUUAACUAUCGUCGUUGUUACUGCUAAAUAGAAAGUUAAAACACAUAUUUUGGCCUAAAAAUGCAGAUAUGUUUUAAGGUAUCAAGGAUGAUAUGUAAUGGAUCAUUGAUAUACAGGGUGUUAAUAAAAUAUAUGUGGAUAUUAAAACAGAUGAAUAUUUAAAUUCUUAGUAGUUGCAAAAAUAUAUUUUUCUUGAAAUAGUACCUACUUAUACUGAGACUGAAGUCGAAAUAGGUUUCUACAAAUCUUGAUCACCGACUUCAACUCGGUCGUAAUGGAAGCAUACAACAAGUACAGUCGAUUGCAUUGAUCCCAAGCUUACAGUUUUCGUGCGUGUUGUGUCCAAUGCCAUAAUUUACUAACAAUGAACUGGUGAAUAUAGUUUUAGUGUAUGAGGCUACUGAAGAAAUUGCUCGUCAAGCGCAGAUUCUUAAAGCGGGCUAUUUUCAAAUCGUAAACUUUCUUAUUCUCGUACGUCUGUAGCAAAUUUCCAAAAAAAUUUCAUGAAAUGUUUAUGUAUAAUGCUGAUAAAGUUAGUACACGUCGGUCGCAACGAUCACUGUACUGGAGAGAGUUGAAAUUUGAUCUAAAAUAAGCUGCAAGGCUUGCCAAUAAAGUUGUAAAUCCCAUUUUGUUAUUUGGUGUACACUUAAAGAAGAGAGUUAACAAACAGUGCAUGCCUUAUGUGUGAGUGACAACCCCUUUCACAAAAAUAUUACAUUAUAACUAUAUAUUGUACUUGCCCAGGAAUCACGAACUCAACAUUGUACUUUGAAGACCUUCUUUAAGAGAAUUCGCGUAUUACAUUUUUGUCUCAUUUAUUUUCCCUUUCAGUAAAUUAUGUAUUACAAACUGUUUCUUUAUUCUGGCAACACUGCAUCAUAAACUCUUGUCACUUUUUAAUAUGUACACGUAUUUCAAUAACGCUCUGUAUUCUAAAAGAACAAACCAUUACAAAAAUUAAAUGUAGACCUGAUUUAAUCUUUGUAUAAAAUUGUGUACAGAACAGGCCCGAAGUAAUAAAAGUAAAGUUUGUAUAGUGAUAUGGCUAUUAUUGAGUGCCAUUGAUGUUGAAAGUGAGGUUAGACAAUUGAAAGAAGUAUUUUCUGAAAAAAUGAUUGUCAUUGUUUAUUUUUAAUAGUGAAAUGCAAGAUUCCUAAUUAUUUUUAAAUCCGGAUAAACACAAUACGAUAAUAAUUUAUAAAGGUAUUUCCUUCUUGAGUAUUGGACAUUUCAACGACCUGUCAAACAAUAGCUGACGAUGGGAAGAGGGUUACGACAAAGCCUUUUAUCUUGGACCGUAUUUUUAUUCGAAAUAGUAGUCGUCAAGUCUGCCAGUUUAUAAAAUAUGUAUAGUGGUUCUUUUAAAAAUAAUACCAAUACUAAGUUCGGGAUGUGGAUUCCUUUUCAAUCCUUAUCUAACAUCACAUCACUGAGUUACAAUGAUUUAGUAUGGACUGAAGUUAGUUAUGGAGUGAAAAGAGUAAAAGGAGCCCACAUUCCGAACUUAGCAAUUGUGUUCGGCAUAAAAUAUUCAAAUUUAUUCCAUCACUUAGAUAUACCAACCCUUCCAACCGACAGUUAUUUUGUUUGAAAUGUCUAAUAUAUAAUCAGUUAACUGACAAAAUAAGAUUUAGAUAGUUUUGGCAUCGAGGUUAAGAAAGAUUACAUCGACGUUUGAAAAAUAUUCAAAAUUAGCAAAAAUUACGUUAUUUGAUAUUAAAAUUGACAUUUGUUGUUAGAUCUAUCGUAUUGUGUGUGUAGCAUAGUCUGUUGUAUAUUAUGGAUACGUAGGUGAUAUUAAUUUUAGUAAUGUAUGUUAUUUAUUUUUUCUACUUUUCACAUAUCAAAGUUAUAUACCUAGGUUUAACGUUUGAAGUCGAAACUUGCUAUGAUAUUUGUACAUAAUUUAGAGUUCUUAGAGAAGCUAUACGAGUUUAACAAAAGAAUAUGUCGUUAAUAAAAAUUUGGCGUAUAUUAAUUCCUGCAUAUUUUCAUUCAAUUAUAAUUGAAAAUUGUACAGGGUGGAUCUUAAGUUGAUACUUUUUUUAACUGUUUUUAAUAAUAACUUAAAAAACUCAAAAAUAAAAAACUUACUAUAAUUAAUUUCAAAAUAUAUCCAAAUGCGGGGGAAAUAAUUGAGAUGUUUGGAAUUAAAGAGGUAUAAAUAUAGAUUUUUAAUUAAAUGUUGUUUUAAAAUUCCCGGAGACCAACUACACGACUUCUGGGCGGCUAUCCUCGACAAUCGCUAAAAAAACGAACCGUUUUCGAAAGUGAGUGGUUGAAAAGCGAGUAGUUUUUGUAAUCUAUAUUCUUGACCGACGUUCGAUGAGUAUUCGUUUUUUAAGACGUGUACGUUUUUAACAAGCAAAUAAUAUGUGUGGCAUCACUGUAAACUGUCUAUAUCGUUGAAUUCAAGUAAUGUGCAGGCCAUAAAAGAAUAAGGAUUAUGUAAUUUAAUUACAACAAACCAAUUGUAAAUUUGUCGAACGAUGAUUUUUUUCUAAUCACAUAAUAUAUAUCGAUGUUCAGGAUAAACUGAAUCGUUAAUUGUUGGCGUAAAAAUAGCUAUACGGGUGCAGUUAAUGUAAUCUAUAAUUCUAGGAAAAUCGUACGUCAUAAAAACCUAGUUUUUAUGGUAAAAAAUUCAUUUAACUAAUAACUUUGCUUAUCUUAUUCAGUUCUUUAAUAUUUUUUGGCAAUUUUACAAAAUUGUAAAAAAUUCUGGAUACAACGUGUGAUACAGAAGAGCUUUGAACCGCAAGCAAAUUAACAUUUGUAAAUAAAAC